AUGCUGGAGAAAUUGCCGUGUGAGAUCCUGAUGCUGAUCGCGGAUUGGCUGCCACCGGCCAGCCUGCGCGCCCUCAGCCGAGCUUCGUGUAGAUUGUAUUCUAUCCUGAUUCCUCAGAUCUACCGUACCAUUGCAUUCCGCGCAGCCAGUGAGUGGGCGCUGAACGUGCUAGAUGUUGGCUCCUUCUUUCUCCACCUCGGUCAGCCUCAUGCCGCGGAUUAUCUGCAACACGCGAGACACCUGCAGAUCCUGGCUCCAUUUCACCUCGUCCGGUUCAACCGAUGUGCAUACUACAACAUAUUUCGCACGGCGGGACUGCCGGUGUCCCCAAAUGCUCUGGGAGCCUCGGACGAGGCGACGGCACAUGAGCAAUCUUUGGACGACGUGAAGGAUCAAUUGCAGCUGAUCUUCACCCACUUGAAGCCGAAUAGCCUGAGCACUUUCGAAUGGCGUCUGGGGACAUGUGUCCCAAUGGGGGUUUUCGAUCAGGGCGGCUAUCUCAGCAGGUAUCAACGUCGCCUCACCCAUCUCUCACUCGUCACCGACGGCACUUGCCCUCAUGAGUGGCACCACCUGGAAGGGCUGUCCGAACUUUCGUGUCUAACGGCCUUUGAGUGGGAAGGAAUCCAACAUCCGACCGAGGCCGAUCUGCUGCGACAGUGCAUCCGUCACAAUUGGAGCCAACUCGACCACCUAUCCAUCGGCUUUGUUCCGUCCGCUUCCGCCCGUGCUUUGUGCUGGGAGAGCCUUGGGCUGCAGCAGCGAGAUCUCAGGGCCGACGAUGCAGUAGUCGAGAAGCCGGCAGCUGUUCCGGCCUUGUCCACCCUGUUACUGUCCAAGGUGACACUUCCACCAGAUCUCUCAGUAGACGGCAGCUCGAUGUUUUGCGUCCUGCGAGCGCUUACACUGCGGGACUGCCCGAAUCAGCUGCUUCUCUUGCGUUUGCUUUCUCAGUCACAAAAGCCGCUGCAACUGGAGCAUUUUGAAAUUUCUUCUGAUUUCCUGCUGCACGAACCGGGCGAAGGACGGAGUUUUCCUGCAAUCGUGCGGUUCCUACGUUCAUUCCGCGGGCUACAGCAUCUGAACAUGAGGUUGUCUAAUUUUCCAGCGUCAAAGUCCCGCAUCGAGGAUGCCAUUCGACACCACCGCACGACGUUGAAAAGCCUUGUCUACCAUGAGCGCCAACUCGCUCCGGUCGAUGAGGAUGGCUUGUUCGAGGACGACAGGGACGUAUCGCCCGUGUGGAUUGCAGAUUUGUCUACCAUUGUGGAUCUGGGUCAGGUGACUGCUCUGGCCCUAUGUGCAAGUCCAUCUGCAGCACGGCGGUGCCUACGUCCAACGGCGAAGCAUUCUCAGAUUCGGCUUUUACACUUGCGGUUUAGCGAGAUUAUCACCUUCCUGCAUGAGAAGCGCAGAUGGUAUCGCCGGGGCUCUCGUUUGCACUGGUGUCCCGUGAACCCGGAUGCCGGGAUUUCCUCCAAUGACAAAAGUGACUAUGGUCGCAUUCUCAACGCGUACUUUGAUAGGUCGCCACUCGAGUAUAUAGAUCUGCAAGAAGCAGUGCUCGAGUCUUCGGUGGCUAUUGCGGAGGCCGAGGAUUUUGUGUCAUUUGCCGAAUGGGCAUUCGGCCCCCGCGGACUGCCGGCUCUGCAGGUCCUCGCGUUCGGCGACUUCUCGCACGGUGAUCGAUACAGUGAGCAGCAGUUUUUGUUGCGUCGCGCCUAUCCUGCAUGGGAAUAUGGCAGCAAGAGGGUCGCCGGUGAUACAUGCGACGAUACGAUGCGAUUGCCAUUUCGUCCGGCGGGAUUGACUGAUCUUUCUAUUUGGGAUGGUGUUUCAGUGAACGGAGCCCGGUUUCUGUCCGCGUGCCCAGGGGGCGGGUUGAUGGAGUCACCGUACGAGCUGUAG